AAACAACAACAGAAAAAAAAAAAACAUGGAUCUGGAGCUCAACUGAGAGAUCUGGGCCAAAGAUAUAAAUUUGAGAAUCAAAAGCAUACAUAUUUGGAGCUGUGGGAGUCAAUGCGUCAUUGAAGAAGAAGGUCUCAGAUUGAGUCCUAGAAAGCAAACUAUGUAAGGACUAGGUGGAGGAAUUUUGAAGGACAGCCAAAGACAAUCAUCAGUCACUUGAAAAGGAACCCUGGGAUGAUUCCAGUUCCUCAGGGUCUGUGGAAGCCAGCAGCUGGGCUGGAUGGUGGGGCUGGCUGUGUUCUUUGUGUGGCAUGAGAGGUGGAAGGGAGUGACCUGACCCACGCUGCACUGAGGCAGCAGGCUCCAGGUUGGAGCCCAUUGGCAUUCGUCCCGGCAGAGUGCUGUUACAUCCUUGUUGGUGUCAAACAGCCUGGCUUAGGCUCCUGGUCUUCCACGGAAAAGCUGAGUGAUUGUGCCCAAGUCAUUUAAUGUUGAAUGUUGGAUUCUACAUCUAUAAAAUGUAGGGCUGUCUUCAGAGUUCAUGAAUCUAAUUAUAACAGGUUUUCUGAAUAGGAUCCUUCCUAUAAAGGUGCCUAGCUUGGGGUUGCCAGGGGUACCUCAAAACUUCUGGACAAACCUGAGGAGUGAGCCUCUCUUUCACGACCCACACAACGUUCCUCCCCUUCCUGGUCAUCGGGUGCCAGCCUUUGCCCACAGAACCUGUUUAUCUUGAAGGUGGGGACAGGCUCCCCUGCUGUAUCCCAUCCUGAUUCUUCUAAGGUGUGGCAGAAUAGGCACUGGACCAAGACCUUUUCCACUAGAUGAAGACGUGAGGGCUGAAAAGAUUGCUUUAGUUCCACCUCUGAACCACAGCCUUUCUGAAAGCACCUGCCACACACACCCAGGACACACAUCUAAGUUCUUCUCUGGCCGCUCCAGGACCUCUCUAGAGAGGUCAUUGCUGCCUGGCCUAAAGUCUGUUCAUUUCACUCCAACGAACUUACUCCCAUUUAACUUUCUCCCCACUUCAGUUCACCCCCAAACUUCCCAAACGACAUUUCUUUUCUUUUCUUUUUGGUCUUUUUGCCUUUUCUGGGACCACUCCCAUGGCAUAUGGAGGUUCCCAGGCUAGGGGUCGAAUCGGAGCUGUAGCCACCGGCCUACACCAGAGCCACAGCAACACGGGAUCCGAGCCACGUCUGCAACCUACACCACAGCUCAUGGCAACGCCAGAUCCUUAACCCACUGAGCGAGGCUAGGGAUCAGACCCGCAACCUCGUGGUUCCCAGUCAGAUUCGUUAACCACUCAGCCAUGACGGGAACUCCUAAAUGACAUUUCUGCUAGGAAGAAAAGAGUUUUUAGGGAACUUGAAGAAAAGGAGUUAACAAACUUGAGUCAUUGGCCCACCGGGAGGGAUGUCUGCUCCAGGCCAGGCCUUGGACUCUCAGCCACAAGUGGGACAGGAGUUGCUCAGUCUGGAGAGGAAUAUGGUCAGGCCUCUCCCGUCACUUCCCACUCAUACUGCCCUCCCUCUUCACUCAUCCAGCAGCCCCUGGCCCCUGCCAAGCCCUCAACUUAGCAAGGAAGACAAAGAGCCUGAAAGGUGAACAUACAGAGUAUCCAGUAAGUCACCAAGCCAUGAGGACAGCAUCCCUGCCCUUGUGACGACCCUGGCACAGUUCUGACCCGGGCCUCACCCCUCUCUCGUGGAUCACUGUACCCCAUCCCUGGUUCCUUCACUCUUGCCCUCUCCAGCAUCUGUACCAUGUAGGAGCUGCUACAGUGAGCUCUUGAAAACAGAUAGGGACUUGUCAAAACUUUCAAAGGAUCAACUUAAAAUUCCAAGUAUGGUAUUCAAGGCCUUUCCCAGGAACCUCUAAUUUAUCUUUGCAUCUUCAACUCCCAAUAUUUACCUCCCUAGUCACACUAAGCCUGGAGUGUUGUCCAGCCAUAUCCUGUUAUUCCCAUCUCUAUACCUCACCCUCAGUGCCCUCUCCGUCUUGACGCUGCUCCUUAGCUGGAAAACUUGACCACCUCAAAACCCAUGUGGUAGGUUAAGUUUGGCCACAAAUUUUUGGAACUACUCUUCACACUUGGUAUCUGGGCUGGUCUUGUGACUUGCUUCCAUCAACAGAAUGUGUUGGAAGUGAUGUUGCAAGUUCCAAAGCUCAGGCCUCAAGAGGGCCUGUAGGUCCACCUUAACCAUGUUGGAACCUUGAGAACAUGCCAGGAAGCCACCCAGGAUGAAGGAGAGUGGGGAGACCCAGCCACUGCAGUUGAGCCCAGCUCUCAGCUAAUAUAUUAGCUGAAUAGAGCCACAUGAGAGAGCCCAGAUGGGCCCAGUGCAAAAUCUCCCAGGCAACCCACAGAAUUUGAGAAAUAAUGAAUGCUAGUUGUUUUAAGCCAUUGGGUUUUGGGAUGGUUUGUUACACAGCAGCAGGUAACUGAUACAUUGCAGUUCUAAUUGAAGUCACUCCAGUCGACUUCCCCAAGUUCUAUCUAUGUUUGUACACAUCAAAUCACUUUCUAGGCAUUUAGUAUCUGGCUCUCCCAAGAGAUGGUGAGCUCCUGAGGAUCAGGGCUGAGUCUGAUUCAUCUCCUUCCUGACCACUUACAGUGGUAAUAGGAUGAAGCCCUUGCUCACUGGUCAGAUUCAGUAUACUCAGGUGUCAUUAAUGUGUCUAGAAAGUAUGCCUAGGUGGAGUUCCCAUUGUGGCUCAGCAGAUUAGAACCUGACUAGUAUCCAUGAGGAUGUGGGUUCAAUCCCUGGCAUCGCUCAGUGGGUGAAGGAUCUGGCAUUGCUGUGAGCUGUGGUGUAGGUUGUAGUCGUGGCUCAGACUGCUCAUUGCUGGGGCUGUGGUGGAGGCCGGCAGCUGCAGCUCUGAUUCAUCCCCUAUCCCAGGAACUUCCCAUAUGCCACAGGUGCAGCCCUAAAAAGAUAGAAAAGAAAGUAUACCUAGAUGAACAUUUUACAUGGAAAUUACUCAACAAAGAUUUUUAAAGCCCAUCCUAUGUAAACAGAACAGGCCCCAGGCCCUGAAGUUGCUCUCAGUCUAGCAGGGAAAACCGGUUAUUAAAAGCAUCAAAUGGAAUACUACUCAGCCAUAAAAAAGAACAAAAAGUGCAAUUUGCAGCAACACAGAUGGAACUAGAGACUCUCAUACUAGGUGAAGUCAGAAAGAGAAAGACAAAUACCAUAUGAUAAUCACAUAUCUGGAAUCUAAAAUAUGGCACAAAUGAGCCUUUCCGCAGAAAAGAAACUCAUGGACUUGGAGAAUAGACUCGUGGUUGCCAAUGGGGAGGGGAGAGAGUGGGAUGGAUUGAGAAUUUGGGGUUAAUAGAUGCAGACUAUUGCCUUUGGAAUGGAUAAGCAAUGAGAUCCUUCUGUGUAGCACUGGGAACUAUAUCUAGUCACUUAUGAUGCAGCAUGAUAAUGUGAGAAAAAAGAAUCUAUACAUGUCUGUGUAAUUGGGUCACCAUGCUGUACAGUAGAAAAUUGACAGAACACUGUAAACCAGCUAUAAUGAAAAAAUAAAUAAAUAAAGUUUUUUAAAGGGGGAAAAAAAGUAUCAAAGUGUUUCAAUCAAGUGAAAGGCUGGGAGUGUAUGAGGCAGCUGGUAGGUGGAGGAGUCAAGAAAAUGGCCAGAAGUAAUGACAUUUAGCUUCAUCAUAUAGGGUUAGCAAGCUGCCACUGUGGGAAGGAAGUUUGCAGCCCCCCCCCCCCCAGUUUAUCCACCCUCUAGGGAGAAGGGAUGCAUGGAUUGGUCAGAUUCAAGAACAAUGAAGUAAGCCACAGUCCUGGGGGCGGGGCCUCAGCCUGUGAAAAAAAGAAGGUCUAAGGUAGGUCCCAGUCUGGGAAUGGCUCUCGCCAAUUUCUUCUCUCUCAGACCUUCAAGAUGGCUUUUCCUCGCCGCCAGUCCAUGAAACCCAAGAACCUGACCUGCCUUCUGGUGGGUGUGAAUUUCUUGGUCCUGUAUCUAUGGUUCCUCCAAGCCCCCAGGUCCCAGCAGGAAAGGAUGUGGGCUGGCUCCUCGCAAGCUGACCGUGUGACCCCUGUUGCCGCACCGCGGUCCAGCCCAGGGCCCCGGUGCGUGGCCAACACCUCGGCGAACAGCACGGCCGACUUUGAGCAGCUGCCCGCGCGCAUCCAAGACUUCCUGCGCUACCGCCACUGCCGCCACUUCCCUCUGCUCUGGGACGCGCCGGCCAAGUGCGCGGGCAGCCACGGGGCCUUCCUGCUGCUGGCCAUCAAGUCGUCGCCCGCCAACUACGAGCGGCGGGACCUCAUCCGCCGCACGUGGGGGCAGGAGCGCAGCUACAUAGGGCGGCAGGUGCGCCGCCUCUUCCUCCUGGGCAUCGCCGCGCCCGAGGACGCCGAGCGCGCCGAGCAGCUGGCACUGGUGGCGCUGGAGGCCCGCGAGCACGGCGACGUGCUGCAGUGGGCCUUCGCCGACACCUUCCUCAACCUCACGCUCAAGCACGUGCACCUGCUCGACUGGCUGGAGGCCCGCUGCUCGCGCGUGCACUUCCUGCUCAGCGGCGACGACGACGUCUUCGUGCACACUGCAAACGUGGUCCGUUUCCUGGAGGGGCAGCCGCCCGACCACCACCUCUUCACCGGGCAGCUCAUGAGCGGCUCGGUGCCCAUCCGCGACAGCUGGAGCAAGUACUUCGUGCCCCCGCAGCUCUUUGCCGGACCGGCUUACCCCACGUACUGCAGCGGCGGCGGCUUCCUCAUGUCCAGUCGUACCAUCCAGGCCGUGCGCAAGGCCGCCCGCCUUACCCCGCUCUUCCCCAUCGACGACGCUUACAUGGGUAUGUGUCUGGAUCGUGCUGGCCUGGAGCCCAGCGGCCACGAGGGCAUCCGGCCGUUCGGUGUGCAGCUGCCGGGAGCCGGGCAGCCCUCCUUCGACCCCUGUGUGUACCGCGAACUGCUGCUCGUGCACCGCUUCGCGCCGUAUGAGAUGCUGCUCAUGUGGAAGGCGCUGCAUGACCCCGGGCUGACCUGUGACCGGCGGCGCAGGGUCUCCUGAGGCCGGGUGGGCCGUGCUUGGGGAGAUGAGCAGCCUCCACAGGGUACCCAGAGCAGGGGUGAGGCACGUCGCGUGCUGAGCGCCUCACCCCUGCUCUGGGUACCAUCUCUCCUCCCCAGCUCUCUGCACCUGCCUCCUAGCUGCAUAUUGGGAAUCACCUGGGGGAGGAGGGGGAGUGGUGAAAUACCUAUAUCCCGGCCUCAUCUCCAAAGGUUGUGGUUGUCUGGGGUCCCCCAGACUUCUAGCGAUUUUUUUUAAGUUUCUCAGGUGCCUGGAAUGUGCAGCUAGGAAUGAAGCCCACUGUGCCAAGGAUGGACCGGGCUCUGUCACCCCUUCUACAAGUCUUUCGGGGCACCCACCUCCAGUCGCUGUCGGCAGAGGAGCAAGGGAAGAGUGCGGAGCCAGAAUCAAAUGUUACCUGCAGGUGCAGGACACAUGUCAGUCGUCACUUCACUUCCUCUACAGCGUGUGGAGCUGAACCUGACAGCUUUCAGAUGGAUUCCCCUUUCCUAGAAGUCAGCCUGCCUCUGAAGCCUAGAAAGCAACCCCCCGGAGUCAGAGCGGAGGGUGUCUGGCAGCCUCCUCGCUAUCUGGUUCUCCUCCCUUCAUCCCUCUGUGCAGCCCAGACCCCCCUGUGCCAAGUGGAAGCCAGGGCCCGGCCAGGACAGUGACUACAUCCCGGGCCAUGUGCUCAGUGGCACACAACACACCACAUGUCCCCUCCACGCUCACCUUGACCACAGCUGAUGGCCUGCCUGGGUCUGGCCCAAGCACGCCUGCCCCACCCGCACUCACUCCAGGGGACAAAGAUGGGCUCCUUGCUGGAGUCUGGGCCUCAGGGUCAGUCGGCUUUGGGGAACCAAGCUGGGAGUUCAGGGUGUGGGGACGCUGCGGGGGUCGGUCAUGAGGAAACCAGGCAAGGCAGUGAUGGGGAAUCUGGGAGGACCGUGCUGAGCAAGCCCGUGGAAGGUCAAUGCAGGGCCUGAGUUUGGAGGACGGGGGAUCUGAUGAGUAGCCAUGAAGGACCGUGAUGAGGGCGUGUGCGGGGAUGACCGGAUCUGUUGUGAACAUCGAUCGAGAGGCUGGGGGGUCAGUGGCUAGACUCUGAGGAUCAGACUGUGGUCUUGACCUCCAGGAGCUGCCAGUUGUUUCGGAACAACUUAAGGGGUAAGCAGCUUAAGGGGGAGGCAGAAACGUGUGCUGUCAAGGUCCCACCUGUGUGAGAUGGACAAGAAGGACUGAGUUUCAAGGAGGAGAGCCCGAUUGGGAAGCCAGGAGACUGACCAGACACCUUCCCAGCCCUCAGGAUGAGGUCCAGUCUGCCCCCUGGCAGACUCUGUCCAGGCAGAACAGCUUGCAGUCCCUGCUGUGUCGGGCUCUCUCCUGCCCGGGCAUCAUUGCACAGCUCUGCUCUCUUUACUGGAAAUUUCCACCAAUUACCACCACCAUCCAUGUCUCUUGAAUCAAUGAGGAUGCCUGCAGGAGAGGCUGUCCAUCAAACUCUGCUGCCCGCGUCCCCCGGACACACAUCUAGACUACAUUUCCCAGCCCCCCUUGCAGGGAGACACGGCCACGUGACCAAGCCGUCUUCAUGGCUGUCUGUGGGUGAGACAGGACCACUCCCGAGGUCCUAUAUAUACCUCAGUAUAGAUAUAGGACCCAUCCCUGACCUUACAGAUGAUUUUCAACCUCGGGACUAUUGCCAUUUGUGGAAGGGCAAUUCUUUGCCUUGAGGGGCCGUCCUGUGCCUUGGAGAACAUUUAGCCGUAUCCCUGUCCUCUGCCCACUAGAUGUCAGCAUCAUACAACCAAAACUAUGUUUAAAGAUGGCCAGAGGUACUCUGGUGAGCAAAGUCGCCCUUAGUGGGGAACCACUGGCCCAGAGGAAGGUAGAAAAACAAGAGGGCUUCCCAGUUCGCUAUAUGGAGCAGGGCUGCCUAUGGAUUCAGCUCAAAUUUUUUUUUUUAGGGUCGCACCUGCAGCAUAUGGAAGGUCCCAGGCUAGGGGUGUCUAAUCAGAACUGUAGCUGCCAGCAUACACCACAGC